CCUCCUAGCCCGCAACCUCCUUCCCCGUCGCCGCCUAGCCCUCCUCCUCCCUCGCCUGACCCACCGAGCCCACCUCCUUCCCCGCUCCCGCCUAGCCCACCGCCACCGUCCCCUGAGCCUCCUAGCCCGCAACCUCCUUCCCCGUCGCCGCCUAGCCCUCCUCCUCCCUCGCCUGACCCACCGAGCCCACCUCCUUCCCCGCUCCCGCCUAGCCCGCCGCCACCGUCCCCUGAGCCUCCUAGCCCGCAACCUCCUUCCCCGUCUCCGCCUAGCCCUCCUCCUCCCUCGCCUGACCCACCGAGCCCACCUCCUUCCCCACUCCCGCCUAGCCCGCCGCCACCGUCCCCUGAGCCUCCUAGCCCGCAACCUCCUUCCCCGUCGCCGCCUAGCCCUCCUCCUCCCUCGCCUGACCCACCGAGCCCACCUCCUUCCCCACUCCCGCCUAGCCCGCCGCCACCGUCCCCUGAGCCUCCUAGCCCGCAACCUCCUUCCCCGUCGCCGCCUAGCCCUCCUCCUCCCUCGCCUGACCCACCGAGCCCACCUCCUUCCCCGCUCCCGCCUAGCCCGCCGCCACCGUCCCCUGAGCCUCCUAGCCCGCAACCUCCUUCCCCGGCCCCACCUAGCCCCCUGCCACCGUCCCCAUCUCCUCCCAGGCCACCUCCGCCGUCUCCCAGCCCACCAAGCCCUCCUCCUUCACCGGAGCCGCCUAGCCCCUUGCCACCCUCACCUCUGCCUCCCAGUCCUCCGCCACCCUCCCCGGCGCCACCUAGCCCCCUGCCACCGUCCCCAUCUCCUCCCAGCCCAUCUCCGCCGUCUCCCAGCCCACCAAGCCCUCCUCCUUCACAGGCCCCGCCUAGCCCCUUGCCACCCUCACCUCUGCCUCCCAGCCCUCCGCCACCGUCCCCGGCCCCACCUAGCCCCCUGCCACCGUCCCCGUCUCCUCCCAGCCCACCUCCGCCGUCUCCCAGCCCACCAAGCCCUCCUCCUUCACCGGCCCCGCCUAGCCCCUUGCCACCCUCACCUCUGCCUCCCAGCCCUCCGCCACCGUCCCCGGCCCCACCUAGCCCCCUGCCACCGUCCCCAUCUCCUCCCAGCCCAUCGCCGCCGUCUCCCAGCCCACCAAGCCCUCCUCCUUCACCGGAGCCGCCUAGCCCCUUGCCACCCUCACCUCUACCUCCCAGCCCUCCGCCACCCUCCCCGGCCCCACCUAGCCCCCUGCCGCCGUCCCCAUCUCCUCCCAGCCCAUCUCCGCCGUCUCCCAGCCCACCAAGCCCUCCUCCUUCACCGGAGCCGCCUAGCCCCUUGCCACCCUCACCUCUGCCUCCCAGCCCUCCGCCACCCUCCCCGGCCCCACCUAGCCCCCUGCCACCGUCCCCGUCUCCUCCCAGCCCACCUCCGCCGUCUCCCAGCCCACCAAGCCCUCCUCCUUCACCGGCCCCGCCUAGCCCCUUACCACCCUCACCUCUGCCUCCCAGUCCUCCGCCACCCUCCCCGGCCCCACCUAGCCCCCUGCCACCGUCCCCAUCUCCUCCCAGCCCAUCUCCGCCGUCUCCCAGCCCAUCAAGCCCUCCUCCUUCACCGGAGCCGCCUAGCCCCUUGCCACCCUCACCUCUGCCUCCCAGCUCUCCGCCACCCUCCCCGGCCCCACCUAGCCCCCUGCCGCCGUCCCCAUCUCCUCCCAGCCCAUCUCCGCCGUCUCCCAGCCCACCAAGCCCUCCUCCUUCACCGGCCCCGCCUAGCCCCUUACCACCCUCACCUCUGCCUCCCAGCCCUCCGCCACCCUCCCCGGCCCCACCUAGCCCCCUGCCACCGUCCCCAUCUCCUCCCAGCCCAUCUCCGCCGUCUCCCAGCCCACCAAGCCCUCCUCCUUCACCGGAGCCGCCUAGCCCCUUACCACCCUCACCUCUGCCUCCCAGCCCUCCGCCACCCUCCCCGGCCCCACCUAGCCCCCUGCCGCCGUCCCCAUCUCCUCCCAGCCCAUCUCCGCCGUCUCCCAGCCCACCAAGCCCUCCUCCUUUACCGGCCCCGCCUAGCCCCUUGCCACCCACACCUCUACCUCCCAGCCCUCCGCCACCCUCCCCGGCCCCACCUAUCCCCCUGCCGCCGUCCCCAUCUCCUCCCAGCCCAUCUCCGCCGUCUCCCAGCCCACCAAGCCCUCCUCCUUCACCGGAGCCGCCUAGCCCCUUGCCACCCUCACCUCUGCCUCCCAGCCCUCCGCCACCGUCCCCGGCCCCACCUAGCCCCCUGCCACCGUCCCCGUCUCCUCCCAGCCCACCUCCGCCGUCUCCCAGCCCACCAAGCCCUCCUCCUUCACCGGCCCCGCCUAGCCCCUUGCCACCCUCACCUCUGCCUCCCAGUCCUCCGCCACCGUCCCCGGCCCCACCUAGCCCCCUGCCACCGUCCCCGUCUCCUCCCAGCCCACCUCCGCCGUCUCCCAGCCCACCAAGCCCUCCUCCUUCACCGGCCCCGCCUAGCCCCUUGCCACCCUCACCUCUGCCUCCCAGUCCUCCGCCACCCUCCCCGGCCCCACCUAGCCCCCUGCCACCGUCCCCAUCUCCUCCCAGCCCAUCUCCGCCGUCUCCCAGCCCACCAAGCCCUCCUCCUUCACCGGCCCCGCCAAGCCCCUUGCCACCCUCACCUCUGCCUCCCAGCCCUCCGCCACCCUCCCCGGCCCCACCUAGCCCCCUGCCACCGUCCCCAUCUCCUCCCAGCCCAUCUCCGCCGUCUCCCAGCCCACCAAACCCUCCUCCUUCACCGGAGCCGCCUAGCCCCUUGCCACCCUCACCUCUGCCUCCCAGUCCUCCGCCACCCUCCCCGGCCCCACCUAGCCCCCUGCCGCCGUCCCCAUCUCCUCCCAGCCCAUCUCCGCCGUCUCCCAGCCCACCAAACCCUCCUCCUUCACCGGAGCCGCCUAGCCCCUUGCCACCCUCACCUCUGCCUCCCAGUCCUCCGCCACCCUCCCCGGCCCCACCUAGCCCCCUGCCACCGUCCCCAUCUCCUCCCAGCCCAUCUCCGCCGUCUCCCAGCCCACCAAGCCCUCCUCCUUCACCGGAGCCGCCUAGCCCCUUGCCACCCUCACCUCUGCCUCCCAGUCCUCCGCCACCCUCCCCGGCCCCACCUAGCCCCCUGCCGCCGUCCCCAUCUCCUCCCAGCCCAUCUCCGCCGUCUCCCAGCCCACCAAGCCCUCCUCCUUCACCGGCCCCGCCUAGCCCCUUGCCACCCUCACCUCUGCCUCCCAGCCCUCCGCCACCGUCCCCGGCCCCACCUAGCCCCCUGCCACCGUCCCCAUCUCCUCCCAGCCCAUCUCCGCCGUCUCCAAGCCCACCAAGCCCUCCUCCUUUACCGGCCCCGCCUAGCCCCUUGCCACCCUCACCUCUGCCUCCCAGCCCUCCGCCACCCUCCCCGGCCCCACCUAGCCCCCUGCCACCGUCCCCAUCUCCUCCCAGCCCAUCUCCGCCGUCUCCCAGCCCACCAAGCCCUCCUCCUUCACCGGAGCCGCCUAGCCCCUUGCCACCCUCACCUCUGCCUCCCAGUCCUCCGCCACCCUCCCCGGCCCCACCUAGCCCCCUGCCGCCGUCCCCAUCUCCUCCCAGCCCAUCUCCGCCGUCUCCCAGCCCACCAAGCCCUCCUCCUUCACCGGCCCCGCCUAGCCCCUUGCCACCCUCACCUCUGCCUCCCAGCCCUCCGCCACCCUCCCCGGCCCCACCUAGCCCCCUGCCGCCGUCCCCAUCUCCUCCCAGCCCAUCUCCGCCGUCUCCCAGCCCACCAAGCCCUCCUCCUUCACCGGAGCCGCCUAGCCCCUUGCCACCCUCACCUCUGCCUCCCAGUCCUCCGCCACCCUCCCCGGCCCCACCUAGCCCCCUGCCGCCGUCCCCAUCUCCUCCCAGCCCACCUCCGCCGUCUCCCAGCCCACCAAGCCCUCCUCUUUCACCGGCCCCGCCUAGCCCCUUGCCACCCUCACCUCUGCCUCCCAGCCCUCCGCCACCCUCCCCGGCCCCACCUAGCCCCCUGCCACCGUCCCCAUCUCCUCCCAGCCCAUCUCCGCCGUCUCCCAGCCCACCAAGCCCUCCUCCUUCACCGGAGCCGCCUAGCCCCUUACCACCCUCACCUCUGCCUCCCAGCCCUCCGCCACCCUCCCCGGCCCCACCUAGCCCCCUGCCACCGUCCCCAUCUCCUCCCAGCCCAUCUCCGCCGUCUCCCAGCCCACCAAGCCCUCCUCCUUCACCGGCCCCGCCUAGCCCCUUGCCACCCUCACCUCUGCCUCCCAGCCCUCGGCCGCCUUCACCGCCAUCACCUACCCCUUCUCCACCCUCCCCAAUUCCUCCGAGUCCUCCUUCUCCCUCUCCCCCGCCCCCUAGCCCCCUUCCACCAUCUCCUUACCCACCUUAUCCACCUCCAUCGCCGUUCCCGCCUAGCCCGAUACCGCCGUCGCCGCCUCCACCCAAUCCGUACCCACCUUCUCCUCUUCCUCCUGGCCCACCGCCUCCGUCUCCUUCUCCCCCUAGCCCUCUGCCGCCCUUCCCUAACCCACCAAGCCCACUACCAUCCCCGCCUCCCCCAAGCCCUUUUCCACCCUAUCCAUACCCGCCUAGCCCACUGCCGCCGUCUCCUCGUCCACCAAGCCCUCUGCCGCCCUCUCCUGAACCUCCACCCUCGCCUCCACCUCCACCUCCACCUAGCCCACUCCCACCGUCUCCUGCCCCUCCCAGCCCUCUGCCGUCGUUACCACCUCCACCUGGCCCUCUACCGCCAUCUCCUAAUCUCCCCAACACUCCGCCGCCGGACCUUCCUCCGCCCAGCCCGCAGCCUCCAAACCCCGAGCCACCUUCACCUCCUCUCCCACCUCCUCCUCUCCCACCUCCUCCAGCUGCCCCGCCUCCGCUUUCCCCCCCUCUUCUUCCGCCUCCCAGCCCCCACCCAGACCUACCACCACCGCAGCUUCCCUCGCCUCCGAACCCACCCCUUCCCGUUCCCCCAUCCCCGCUCCCUCCGUCUUUUCCACCCUCUCCAGCACCCCCGUCCCCAUCUCCACCGCCACCUCCUCCAACGCCUCCCUCACCACCCCUGCCAGAAGCAACGUAUGUUGCUCUCUCCAUCUCCAUCUUCUUCCCCUACAUGUCCUGCAGCGCUCUCCAGUCGGACGCAUUCCUGCAGCAACAAGUCACCCUGGACACGAGGACAGCCGUGGCGGGUGCCUUGGGUCUGAAAGCUAACUCGGUAACCCUCUUGACCUUCAUGUGUGGCGGGGGUGGAAGCAGCAGUACCAGCAGCAGCGGUGGAGGCAGCCCCAGCAGUACCUACAGCGGUAAUACCACCAAUACUAACGGCGGCAACAGCACCAGCAGCACCAGCACCACCUCUACUGCCGGCAGCGGAAACAGCACCAGCAGCACCAACAUCACCUCUACUGCCAGCAGCGGAAACAGCACCAGCAGCACCAACAUCACCUCUACUGCCAGCAGCGGAAACAGCACCAGCAGCACCAACACCACCUCUACUGCCAGCAGCGGAAACAGCACCGACACUACUGUCCGCGGCACGAACACGACAACAAGUCGGAGGAGUAAUGUGGAGACGGGGAUCCGGACGGAAGUGUCCUCCACGCGAGCCAGUUAUUGGGAGGACCAACGCAGCCUCAAAGAAAACCAGGAUGUUGAAGACCAAAGGGCCCGGCGUCUUUGGGAACUAGUGCGGCAAGGAUUGGCUGUAGGCGCUAUGGAAAGUACAGCACCGGAGGCUCCACAGCCGACCAGCAACCGCAAGGCUGCACCUCCAAUGCGCCGCCUUCUUGACUCCUCAUCCUCCCCGCCGUUUCCAUCCCCACCCUUUCCGCCUCCUUCAUCGAGCUAUCCUUCCAGCUCCUCCAACGCCCUGUCGGGCGGCACCACUCUUCGAAUCCGAGCGCUACUGCCCACAAGCACUUCCCAGGACACCAUUGACUCCGUUCUUUCCCGCAUCUCCGACCAGCCAAGCAACGUCUCAUGGCUCUUUGCGACGGCGCCGGCGCUGAUAGCGACGUACGGCACCCCAUCUGCAACCGCCGUCAGUGUCAAUGUGACAGGGGAGAGUGCGCUGACGGCGGAGUGUCCUCGGCGCCCCGAUGUCGUACUGUACGCGCCGACGUACGUGGGUCGGUGGGACGUGCCGCUGGUGCUGCGAUUCGCCGGGGCGUUCAGCUUUGGAUCGGCAUGCGGCGAUAGUUACGGCUGCGUUCUGGGUACCAACAGCCGCGGCCUGCUUCUGAGCGACUCCCUCCAAACCCUGAAGCUCACCUCCUCGACCUCCUCAACAUCCACCUCAAACUCCUCUUCGUCCCCCACCGCCUUCCUCCUCAAACUUCGCGCCCUGUCCGAGGGCACCCUGCAGCUCCUCCUCCGUAGCGACCCCUGCGCCCCCACCUUCACCACCAUCGUCACUUCCACCUCCACCACCUCCACAUCCGUCACCACCGUCUCCACCGCCUCAGCUGCCUCCACCACCGCCGCAACCCUCAACCUCACAGCGGACUGGACCCCACCACGAUGCACCCUCACCGUCGCCUCAGCACCCUCGCUCUCCAACGCAACCUUUACCGUCACGGCGGAUUUCUCUGAACCUGUGCUUCCCGUCCUGCCUUCGGACAUAGCCACGUCUUCCUGCCGUGUUGCCGCGCUGACGCGCCUUAGCCCUACGAAACUCUUGAUCACAGUGGCCGGCAGCGACGCGGGCGACACCGCCGAGCUGCAGCUCUCUAGCUUUGCAUUCUCCGACCUUGCGGGAAAUCCCGGAAUACCAUCAAACCUCCUGCAAGUGAAAGUUCCUUCUGUGGCUGUGGUCGGUACUGCGGGUGUAGCGUGGUGGAGUGGCAUGUUGAUGACAGCGGCGUCAAGUGCGGUGUGCGCGGCCACAGCAGCCAUGCUGCCAGGCUGGGCGAGUGUCGCAUGUGCGGGUGCGGUGCUGCGAACCAUGGGUCAUCUCCAGGUGCUGUCGUUUAUGGGCGAGGGCUUGGCUUUUCGAACGCCGCCGGCGUUUCAGGCGGCAGCUUCGGCUGGUGACUGGGCAGCGCUGGACUGGCUGUCAGGCGGCGGGGCGGAGUGGGCAAAGCACUUCAGCAAGCGGCUGAGUCGCGGGGAUGGUGAGGCUGCCGCCGCCCCUCCGCCUCCACCCCCGAGGAUUCAGAGUUUCACCGGUGGCCCCGAGCAGUACCUCCUAGAUGCCGGUCUUUUGUCAACCACCCCCUACCUAUCGUCCAUGUCUAGCAGUAGCGGUGCAAACGCAGCCACAUCGGCAGCCGUACAGAUCUCAAGCCUAGUGUCGUACGCUUCGGGCCUGGUGUGGAGUUACACUCCAGCGGCCGAUACACGUGCUGACGUGGAGGACGCCUGGCGGAGGCUGGGCAGCACGAUUGUUCUGACAGCGGUGCUGGUCGGGGCGGCGUUGCUAGGACAUGCCGGUAUACAAGGGCGGGAUUGCUGGGACAGGAUUCGGCUCUUUAACUUAGCUCUAUGUUCGACUUAGCCAAAACAAUUUGGCACACCAUAGUUAAAGGAAGCUUUCGACGGCAGCUUUUCAGGCCUCUUUGUUGCGGCCCCAGGAAUUAUACCUUCGCUCACUUCCCUUCCUAUCUCGUUGCUUGUAGUCAUCACGGCUACCACUGAUCGAGACAUGCGGCUCACCGGCUACAGCCUUUACGUGGUUUGGCCAAAGCUGCUGCUGCUGGUGCUGACCCUGGCAACCCCGCCACUGCUGUUCGCCGCUUGCUGCGCACUCAGCCACGAAGCUGCUAGCGGCAACGGUGCCUCAGUGUCGGUUGGAGCAGGAGUAGUGGUGUUUGCGGUUGCGGGCUGCUGUGGCGCAAUCGGUUUACUCAUGUGGCUGGCAUACGUGGUACUUCUGGCGGCUCCUAGCAUGGUGAGAGUGGGAGCAGGGGAUGGGGCACGGAUAAGGUGCAUGCAGAAUACCGUGAAUAAUACCGUAUGUGUACUGCAAUCGGGCGUGUAGCUGGGAUUACCGUAAGCAAGUUACAUGGGGACACGGUUGAGGUGAGCAGGGGCGCUCAAAAGGGAGAAAGAUGAGAGCCAUAGAUUGUGGCUUUAGGAACAUAGCGUCGGCGGAGUACAACAAGGGUAUAACAUUUCCAACCUCUUUCAUCUCACUCAACACCAACCCAUGUCCCUCCUUGCCCGGACCCCCUCCCCCCGCUUUCCGUCAAUGCCACAGCUCCUCACAACCUCCGGCGCAGCAAGCGCCUCUCCGUCUGUCCAGGCGCAACCGGCCCAUCACGCCGCAGCCGCCUCCGCGGCGCCACCCUGGCUAGGACCCCCAACCCAGCCGCCCUUGCACCCCCCGGAACCGGAGCCUCAGCUGCCGCUGCAUGCGGCUCAAAUUGCAGCACCCCCUGGGUACAUACCUCCUCCCCCUGCUGCAACACACCCUCAGCCUCCGAACCAGCUCUUUAAACCGCGCGGCAUCACCCCGGCGACAGCUGCCGGUGGCCGACCUACCGAACACCACCCGCCGGCUGCAGCACCGCUGCCGCUGCUGGAUAUGGAUGCAGACGUAAACGCCAUGCAAGCACGACGCGGGGUGCCGCCGCCACCUGUGCCCUGGCAGAUGCCCCAUCGACCACCGCCCUCUAGGCCUACACAACCGCAGAUGCCGCCACCGCCGCGGGCUCCCUUGCCGCCGCCGCCAGCACCACCGCCUCCGGCGGCUCUGCCGUGCACAACCAAACCUGCAGUAGACGGCUGCAGCAUUGCUGGCAACGGCACUGCUGGCGACGGUGGACGCAGUGAUGGUGUGGGAGCUCGGGUACGUAGCCCGUGGCAAACGGACGUCUGGGCAAUCCCAGCCUGUAGGGCCGAGGCGGUUAUAGCGGAUUCCGCCCAAGCAGCUGAUGAUGUUAGGGGCAGGAGGCCACAACGCCUUGCGUCGCUGUCACAGAGAUCCGCCAGCUUUGAUGGCAGCAGCGGGGGUGGGGGAGGCGGCGACAGCAUACAUACCAGCAAGGGCAUGGCCUCCCGUGGGUCCGUAAAGAGUGGCCAAGCAGCUCAUUCCGUGCCGUCCUCGCCUCGGGCUGUAGCAACCGUGGGAUGUUACCCCAGGAGGGUGCUGCCGCCGUCUCCACUUGCUACUGCAUCCCCUCCUACGACCAACGUUUCGUCUCGGCUCAGUUACAAUACCCAACCUACGCUGCCUCCACAAGCAGCUGUGCUUCCCAUAGGCGCCCAGAAAGCCGCCGGGCCCUUGGCGGAGGGCUUAGAGGAAAGCAACAACGCCUGUAGCAACAGCAAAAGCCCUGACAUUGAUCCUCAUAUGUCUGACCCUCGGUCGGCCUUCUGUGCCGCAUUCGGCUGGCUGGUAGCCGAUGUGGUGGGCGACACGGAGCGAACUGUAGCUGCAAGAGGCGGCCAAUCCCGCUUGCUAGCAGCGCAUCUGCUGUUCCUGAUGCGCAGCUUGCUGCUUGCAGCGACGCUGGGCGGUUGGGCAGCGUACACGGCCCAUGGGUCGCUGCUGCAGUGCAUAGCGGUGACGGUGGUAACGGGCGCAUGGCUCACGUACUUAGCAAUCGUGCGGCCUUACGUCAGUUCGUGGACAUUGGCGGUUGAGUUGGGCUUGUCCGGGUUAGAGGUGUUGGUUGGGCUGAUGGCUGUGGUGGCACAGGCAGGGCUGCGCAAGAGCCCAGGGCCGGUGGAUGUGGCGGUAGCGAUGGUGCUUCUGGAGCUAUGUUUGGUGGCGGUGAUAGAGGCCGUGCGAACAGUGCGUGUAGGGAUGUGCAUCUGGCGUAGGGUGCGUGCGGCUACACGGAACGGAGGUGACGGCGAGGCGGCAGGUGGACCGGGAGGUGGGCGUGGCGGUGCUUCUUCAAGAAAUGCAGUAGCGCCGGUGGGCGUCAGUUAGGAAAGUUGGAGGAGUGUAACGAAUGUAGCAGUAGGGAAGGGAGUUGUCAGCCAACGUGGAAGUUUGCAUGUUGGGUAAGAUUAGCAUUCCACGAGAGGUAUGCAUAUUCAUGCAACCAGGACCACGGUCUAAAUUCAUGCAUGGUUUCGUUCACGUGUCAAUGACCCUCGCUUUGGUGUCUAUGGUAGAACUUGUCUGCGUCUACCUGCUGCUUGUGUGGGCCAUUGUAUAUAAAGCAACGAUGCAUUGCAGGUUACUUUCAUUUGGCUAGUUGAACUUGGCUCUUGGACCCAUUGUGGUCCUCUACGCAGGAUUGUUCACAUUGACCUUCAUCACUGUGGGACUGUGAGUGAGACAUGAAGACGCGUGGUGACUGUUCUCCCAUGUGUCGGUUUAUUAUUGUUACUGCUUCAGGGAUCUACUUACCAUGGUGCAUUGGGUGCGACAUUGUGCGGCAUUCUCAAGCAAGCCUGCAACCUGCAGCUCAUCUGGUGGUUUAAGAACGGCAGGCCCUGAACGAACAAGACUGAGAUUUUUGCACAUGUGUUUGUGCAACACCUACGGAUUUGGUAGGACAUGACGUACCAAGCGGUGCAUAGUCGUAUGCUAAGAGGCAUCGUGUUCUGUCCCAUGCUGUGUCAGAUUCCUUCUGACGCUUCCUAGAGACAUCAACCUUCAGCAGAGGUAGUGUGCUUACAGGGGAGGACAGACACCCCUCUCGGCCAUGCCCCCCUAAUCGACGCCAGCCGGCGUAUGUAAUAAUAGUACCGGUAAGAAUCGUGCUCUAUGCACUUGUCAUCGAAGCACUGACUCCUUUUUACGCUAUAGCACUG